UCACACUCUGCUUUCGCCGUUGUGUCGUCGUUACCGGGAAUCGUCCUCAGAGGAACGGGUUUUUCCAUAGUGCGGCGGCCCCAUCGCAGACAGACGGCUCGGGCUUUGUAAUUUAAUGUCCUUCCUAGUGAAAGCGUGGCACUGAUUUUUGCUUUCGCAUCGUAGCGAGAUGAUUGUUUUUCUCGUCAAUUACUGUCAUUUGCAGGAUUGGUUUCUGCUGGGCAGAAGAUUCGCAGCGAGUGAUUUGCAAGAUAUGAGCUUCAAGUGAAUUUUGGCUUGAGAUGUUGAGAAGCUAUCGUUGUUAUUCAAGCUGACAACAGUCGGUGGCAAAUAGUGAAGACGAGAGGUGCUGCAGGGAAAUUAUAAUUUGAAGCUCCCGGUCAAAAUAAGUGUACGCUACACGCCUAUAAAAACAGUGGAAAAUGUGCAAUUCGACGGUGAUAAGUGGAAAAAUUUGUCAGCAGCAGCAGCGGCAGCAAAUUUCGACAUCGAGCAGUGCCGAGGACGAAGAAGACGGUAGAGCCUAGAGAAGGGGGCAAUAGGUGGGGUUGGGCUCGAAGCCGCCCUAUUCACACCUCCACUAGUUCGCUUUGAAGUACAUGACGCUGAAAGGGAGGAACAUUAUUACUAUUUUCUCCGGUCGAUAACGCCGUAAUCUGAAUGAAAGGGUUUUAUUACUACACCCUCACAUUUGCUCUAAUCAGCUUCUACGUCAACCGUAUGCGCCGUGAAAAUCAGUAGGAUAAUUUUGUAACCGGCGGUUAGGCUGUUGAACUGGGAAUAUUUCAGAAAUAGCCCGGGUGUGCACACGCAUACACACACAAACACAUCAGCACACCGGCUGGACCGCGUUUCGGAAGUCGAAGUCGAAGUCGAAAGUCAAAGUAUCGUCGCCAGACGAUUCGGAGAUUCAGUUAGUGGCGGAUUCGGACCGGGCAUAGACGAGAUCCAUCCAGAUGAUGCUUAAUCCCUAAUUGCUCGGAGAAGGUGGCGUCCGCGUGUCAGUGAAUGCCGUCUGUGUGGAAUCAGAUGAUUACUGACCCCAGCUAAUCCGUCGUUGAUUCUGACGUGGAUUCCGGCAUCGAUGUCGGAUUUCGGAUUUCCGCAAAAUAUAUGUGUGUGAUUAGUGCGCGUGUGGUUCCGUUGUUUUUCAGUGUUUAAACCCGUUUCCAGUAAUUCAUUGCGCGAUUAGUGGGAAUCGUAAGCUGAAUUAAUUUAAUUUGGUGCUGCAGAAAUCAAGUGCAUGACCGUGCGAUAGUUGCAAUUGUUGUCCCUGGCCUUGAAACGGUCAGCGAAUGUGAUGUGAAAAGGUUCAGAAAGGAUGACGAAUUGGGUGACUAUUACGUGUGAUGUGGCGACGCAAGUCGGCCCGAGUGAAAGGCUAGGAUUUUUCCGUGAAGUGUAGCGACAGUGCAGGAGGGGAACAGGAAAAAAGGAAGACAUAUGACCAUAUAAUAGGAUUGAAAAAUCGAGAAAACGACGAAGCAGAAAGUUUAAAGGUUCUCCGACGUAGAAAUCAUGUGGAAAAAAACGAUUAGAAAGUGCUUCCCCAAGAAUCGCUGUAAGAUCGGCAGCACUCACUGCAGUGGCUCCCUGGAGAUGAAAGUCAAGGCAACAGGAAAGCGGAUACUGCGGCGCAGGAAAAGCAGCAAGAAAAGUCUGGACAAAUUCCCCACACCAAAUCAGGUGACGGAGGCAUCGCUCGAGAUAUGGCGUGCGCUACCGGCAGCAAUCCGGCAGGAUCCGAGCCUGGCCUCGUUCCGGCAGGAGCACGAGCGGCUACACGGCCCUGACGACGAUCCGCUGCCGAACGAAGACGUUUCGGCGGAUGAUGGCGAUGACAAUAGUAAAGAGUUUAUCACAAUCAAAGUCACAAACCCCGAGAAUGGGGUGGACGGUGCAGACGGAAAGCUGACGUCGAUCGAGACAACACCUCGCGGCGGCAAACAGCAGCAUAACGGGGAGAAGCAUGGCCCCAACGUAACGGUGGACGGGGACGGCGACGAUACCGAGGUAACGAUGCACGCAAUGCACGGUCAUCCACACAGUCACCACGGUAAGGUAUUCUCGUUUGUAAAAAUCUCCGCCCUGUUGGUGGUGUGGCUCAUCUUCACCGGCUUUCUGAUGUCCAAGAACGAGAAAGAACUGGAACCCCGCCAGAUGUCGAUUCCAGAGGGCAGAGUGAGAACGUACAUAUUGCCGUACACACCACCGGGACCGAGGGUUGGAAUUUACCUCAAAGGUGCCUUCCUAAACGAUCAGCAGCACAACAUGACGAGUAAUUACGUCUCGGUCAACUUGCAGCUGCUUUACACCAAUAGCAAUAGUUCAAACCUCUCCUAUGUACAGGAACAUGAAGUUAAACACGUGGAAAACGUGACAGAUGUGUGGAUGUUGCCCGUUCCGAUUAACCCGGAAAUGAUCGAUCAGGCAGACGAAAUAACUCGGAAACACGUGUUCGACAUCGGUCCCGUCAGCCAUCGUAAGGUCACCAGCGGGAAGGCGGUGAUCCGUGUUCACAUGACCUCCAAUGUGGAAGCCGAUAUUCCCGUCAAGUUCACGUACGAUUCGACCCCGAUGGACAAGGAAACGGGUGUAAUCUACGCCGCGGUCGUUCUGCUUGGUCUAUACGUACUGAUCAUCUGGGAAGUGGUGCAUCGUACGUUUGCGGCAAUCGUUGCAUCCACGUUGGCAAUCGGUGUGCUUGCGGCAAUGGAUGAGCGACCCAGUAUGCCGAAGUUGAUCUCGUGGAUCGACGUCGAAACGCUACUGCUACUGUUCGGAAUGAUGAUCCUCGUCGCCAUUCUAUCGGAGACUGGUAUCUUCGAUUUCCUAGCCGUUUACGCCUAUCAAGUGACGAACGGACAGGUGUGGCCUUUAGUCAACUGCUUGUGUAUCUUCACGGCUGUUUUGUCAUCAUUUUUGGACAAUGUGACCACCGUGUUACUUAUGACGCCGGUCACGAUAAGGUUGUGCGAGGUAAUGGAGUUAAAUCCAGUGCCGGUGCUGAUGUCAAUGGUGAUCUACUCGAAUGUUGGAGGUACCCUUACACCGGUGGGCGAUCCUCCAAAUGUCAUCAUUGCAUCGAAUAGUUAUAUCUCCAAGAAUGGUGUCAACUUCGCAACAUUCACUCUGCACAUGGCAAUCCCAAUCGCGAUCGUGAUGGUAACAACCUAUUUCCAACUGCGGAUGAAGUUCAAAACUGCCAGUGAUCUGCGCUUCAAUGAGCCUCAGGACGUCCAGGAGAUACGGCAUGAGAUCGCUGUUUGGCAGCGUGCAGCUGCGUCAUUGUCAUCCUACUCGAAGGAUGAGGAUCUGGUACGCGAAACGCUGCUCAAAAAAGUCAAUCGACUUUCGCGGGCACUCAAGAAGAAGCUGGUGACCGGUUCCGUUCCUGCCGAAAGCUACAAGGCUACCUUGGAGGAGUUGAGGAACAAGUACCCAAUCAGAAACACCACCCUUUUGAUCAAGUCCGCCGUUACGCUAGCCUUCGUGAUUACGUUCUUCUUCCUGCACUCGGCUCCCGAUAUACAGAAGCUCUCACUCGGCUGGACAGCGCUGCUGGGAGCUGUACUGCUGCUAAUUCUUGCCGACAGGGAAGACAUCGAAUCGGUGAUUGCUCGCGUAGAGUGGUCCACCCUGCUGUUUUUUGCUGCCUUGUUCAUCCUGAUGGAGGCUCUCGCCGAGUUAGGGUUGAUCGAGUGGAUCGGCAGGCAGACGGAGAAUGUUAUUUUAUCCGUAUCGGAGGAAUCUCGUCUCGCUGUUGCCCUGUUACUCAUUCUCUGGGUAUCUGCAUUUGCAUCCGCAUUCGUCGACAAUAUCCCGCUGACAACGAUGAUGGUGAAAAUCGCAAUUGGUUUGGCGGAGAAUGAGGCCCUCGGUCUCCCCCUGCAGCCAUUGGUUUGGGCGCUGGCCCUAGGAGCUUGUUUGGGAGGUAAUGGUACGUUGAUCGGUGCCUCCGCAAACGUUGUGUGUGCUGGUGUUGCUGAGCAACACGGCUACAGGUUCACCUUUAUAGAAUACUUCAAGGUCGGUUUCCCGGUGAUGGUCGGCAGUGUGAUCGUAUCCACCAUCUACCUGAUGUUUGCCCACGUGGUGUUCACGUGGCAUUGAUCCCAGCUACAAGCAUACACGAAGAUAACGAUCAUAUUGACUCGUGCGCUGCCAUGCUUGAAGUUGUGUACGUUUGGUCAUCGGUCUACUCCGACGACGCCACGAGCAAGCAGACUUCUAGAAACGUUUAUACUAAUGGCACCGAGAGUUUCCGAGCACAAACGGACCCCAACGACAGAUAGAUAAAUCAAAUAAUGUGAUAUCCUUCCGAAAUCCCGAUCAGCUGUAGAUUUCCUACUGUUUAUGUCUAUAGUCGCGUACACUAAUGUUUAGAAGAUUAUUGCUGUGUGACAGUUGAGCGAAACUGGUAACUUAGUCUAGAACCAUAGGAACAUCCCGUUCGUCAAUUUUAUUUCAAGGCAAGAAUCAUCGAACCUAAGCCCCAUUUCUGGAAAUUAACUCAGGCAGUUCCCCACAUAUUCAAUGUUGGGAUAGGCUGCAUCGAGCAAGUUUUCGCGCGAACUCAGCAAGACCAGAAGCCCCGAAUCCCCCCGACGAGCAUUGUCCUUGUGUCCUUUCUUGCUCGAUUUCUACUUCAACAUCAGUAGUCAGUAAUACGUAAUAUUUAAAUCUUACUCGUAUUUUUCCCUUUGUUUAUCACUUUUGUUUUGUAUUGUAUAUUUACAAAAAGAAAAUGUUGAAAUUAGUUGUAUCGACGCUGAUGCUCUACCAUAAAGUGUAUACAAAAAUUUAGUUAAAUCAGAAAUAGCUAAAUUAAAAUAGUGAAAUAAAACAGCAAGUCAUAAAUGUGUUUUCAGUUUGAGUGAAACAGUAAGCAAACGACAUUCCACGAAAGUAAAACCAGCGGAAAUAGGAAAAGCAAGAGUUAGCUAAUCUAAUCGAACGAUGCGACCGGCAAAAGAGACAAGUUGGUUGAUUAGGAAAUGAGUAUAUUUUUAGAAGUUUAAUUUAUUUACAAACCCUAUUGCCACCAAACAAAAGUCAACCGAAGCUGGCGAGGAUUAGAACUAAUUAGUAACAAUACUGUUUAGAGCAGAAUUCAACAUCAUUAAACUAGAGCGAAAAGCAAGUUAUAUAGUGUUAUUUGAUUCUAAUUGUACGAAACAGAUAAUGCAAAAGUUCGUUAUUAAGCGCAGUUACUAUUGAGUACGUUCAGUUUCGAGAUUUAGUGAACGAAGGGCGGAACAAUGAUAAAGCACACAAAGAAAGUAAAAAGAGGAAAAAAUCGUUGAAAUAAACUAAUAUUUAAAACUAUUUAAUUAGUGGUAACGAGAAAAACAGAGAGCGCAAAUGAAAAACGAGUAUACAUUGGUGAUGACUUAUUUCCACGGACGGACAUCAGAUUGUAACAAUUGGAAGUACCGAAUUGGAGAAACCGUUUGCCAUCGACAAUGAACAGAAUUAAGUUAGAAACAUAAUUUUCCUACUCUGCUCUGCUAUAGAUUACUCAAAGAGUUGUUUUUUUUUUCGAAGAAACAUGAGAGAACAGAGUGGGAUUCAAUGUUACAGGAGAAAGACGGAGACAAUUAGGAACAAGAUUCGUGAAGAAAUAAUUUAUAUUCAAAUAAAUGCAAGUAUAGAUAAUAGACACAUUUGAAAUAUG